GCUUAAUACCCAGAGAACGAUGAGUUACAGUAUCUGCUCUAGCAAAACGUUUACUCUGACUGAGGAAGCAGGAGUGCAUUUUAAUCUUAUUACCAACACUGGCGACAUGUGAUUUGAGAUUAUGCUCAAGACAAAACUCUCUCUCACUCUUUCUCUCUCUCUCUCUCUCUCUCUCUCUCUCUCUCUCUUUCACACACACAAACACGCUUAAGUGCAACGGUUUAGCAUAAUUAUGCAUCUCAGUGAUUGUAUCUCUAUACCUGCAUAAUGAACGUGAGCUGAUCGCUAGUCAUUAAAGCUCUUCGGGCUCAGCGCACCACCAGUUGCAGAUAUGGCUGUAGCCUCAGUGGAGUUGAUGGGCUUCUUUAUGGGCAUCCUGGGUAUGAUUGGCAACUUGGUAGUAACCAUACUGCCCUACUGGGAAUACUCGGCCCACAUUGGUUCCAACAUCGUCACGGCAGUGAUGAACUCAAAGGGUCUAUGGAUGGCGUGCGUCCACCAGAGCACCGGAGUCUUCCAGUGCGAGACCUUCAACUCCAUCCUCGACCUGCCCACAUACCUGCAGGUUGCCCGGGCCAUGAUGGUCAUCUCCAUUAUCGUAUCUGUCCAGGCCUGUGCAGUGUCCAGCGCUGGGAUGCAGUGCACAGUGUUCAUGGAAGGCUCACCGGCAAAGACUAAAACGGCUGGAGCCGGAGGGUUUCUUUUUUUAACAGCCGGCCUUCUGUCGCUCAUUCCUGUUUCCUGGAAGACCCACGAAGUAAUCCAGACCUUCUACCACUUCAACGUACAUGAAAGUAUGAAGUUCGAGAUUGGGUACUGCCUGUAUGUGGGGAUUGCCUCGUCUCUAAUGUCUAUGCUAGGCGGAGGGCUGAUAAGCAUGUCCUGCUGGAGCAACCUAGACACACGACAAGGGUUCAGACACGGUUACCCGUACCCUGAACACUUGGGGAAACAUGGUACGGCUCGUGGUGCCUCACAUUCCAUGCCUUUCCCCCCUUCAGCCAUUCUGCAGAGCGGAAUCAACAUGAAUCCCACCAACAGGACCCAAACCAUGGUCAGCCAGAUCAGCAGCAGCAGCCACCACACCACCACUGGCGUCCAAGACUCCAGGAAACCGGCACACCAGAAAACAACAGCUAGCUACGACGUUACCGGGUACGUCUGAAGAUUUAGCCUAGCUUCACAACAUGAACUUGAAAAGAUCGAACUGAUAAAAACUGACUUCUUGGGUUCACAAAAGGUAAAGAGUAUUUUUUCCUGUUGAGAGAACAAUUUCAGGAACAACAGAUCAUGCUUGUACUGUAAGCAAAACAAAUCAAUACCAGGUCAAUCGACCACUGGUGCCUUGCGAAAGCUUCGUGAGAGCUCUGUGCAAACAUGAAAAGCUAAUAUUUCACAGCAAAGGUUUAAUACGACUGUAAAAAGCAUAAUUAAAGACAAACUCUUAAAUUACCGUUAUUCAAUUUGCACGGUUACAGUUUUGACACUGGGGUGGGUUUGUUUUUGGCUUUUUUUUUUUUUUUGCUGUGAACAAGUGAUAUAAAUAAUGAAUGUUAGAUAAAAAAAAAGUGUUCAUGGAGCGUGGCCGAGUGGUCUGAGUUUUUUUUUGUACGUUUUUUUUAUUAGUCUUGGAAAUCACAACCCAAUAGGUAGGGUUUCGUCGGAACCUCGGAUGGAACUUCGGUCUAUAAAUUUAAAGUUAUCUAGAUUUAAAGUUAUACAGGGACACAAACUGAACAGCCAGGACAUCCUAACUAAGAGCAGAACAUCACCCCAUCUGUAUAUUUGGCUCAAGUCAAUGAUUUACCACAGUAGCACCAUUGCACUGGAAUCAACUGAAUUGAUUUUGGCUCCGAGUCUGUGAGAAAUUCAGCUCAUCUUCCUGCACCAGUGUGACAACAGACACGUUCCAGACCAGGUGUUUUAUAGGUGUUUGGAGAUGAACAGCUCAAAUCCAGGACAGUAAACUAAAUUAUGGGAUAGAUCUGAUGCCGUAUCAAAUCUCAAGAAGAAUAUAUGGUACAUAAGAGCAAGAUACUUUUCCACAGAGCACAGGGUCAGUCAUGAAGCAGCACAUCUGGAGCAGAAAAGGUUCAUAAGAACCAGACAGUGGCAGCUUGACCAUCUAAAGCAUGACCCAGUACCUUUAACAGUUAAGCCAUCACUGGCCCAUAUAAGGCACCUCAUUUAGGACAAUGGUUUUCCUAGGAGGGCAUCAGAUACUGGCUAAAACUCUGUCCAGAUUAGACACUGACUUACUUCUGAUUGGAACACUUUGACUGUCUGCCGAUGAGACGCUUCUUAGUCCUAGUCUCGAUGUUCUGUUCCUUUAAACGGUUAAAUAUACAAUACGUAAUAAGGCUGGUAACAUUUAAUACUUGUCAUCAUGGUGAAUUACUUAAUAAAUCAAUUAAAGAAAUAUUUUAUUCACCCAUCCGAUCAAACAUUAAAGUGUGUACAUUUUCCCUCCUUGUCUUUCUUAAUUAAAAAUAUAUUUUUCUAAAUCUCAAACUACUUACAUA